GCAGCCAACAUACACCGGGGCCAUUAUCUCUAUCUGCUGCUGCCUCUUCAUCCUCUUCCUCUUCCUCUCGGAGCUCACCGGAUUCAUAACGACAGAAGUGUAAGUUCCAUUCCCCCACAGGGGACAUUCCAGAGCUUUCUGGGACCCCAGAGGAGAGGAGACAGGGGCUUUAAAAAGAAGCAAGACCUCUGAACCUUCUAACUCUCUCAUUUCCAAGCCCAUGUCGUCCAUUGCUCCUCUGUUUCUUGAAAGGGUUUUGAAGUUAGAGCAAAAGCAAACAUUGCUUUGUUGAAGCUGAAGAGAAAAUCUGGGUUCCGUUCUGUGGGGGGGCUUCCUGGGUCCGCAGAUGACAGGAAUCAUUUGCCCAUCUCUGCUGUCCCUUUGUUUGGCCAGUGGACUUUUUUCCCUCUGAAUCAUCAUAGGGUCAUUUGAUGUUAAAGCUGGAGGAGUUCAGAGAAACGGUGCUGCUUCCUACCCGAGGGGGGUGGGGUUGCUGACAUCAGAGCCCAGCCCCCCUCAACUGAGCCCCCUUCCCUGUUCUCAGGCCCACACUUAGUGAGGAAUCAGUGUGGGCUUCCUGGCAGCGAUUGACGCAUUGUGAAUCGAUCCCCAAUUUCUAGCAUCAUCCGUUGCCCGGAUAACCUAGUAAAUGCUGUGGGGUAUGUGUAACACAGAAUGCCAUUGGAAUUAUUCAGUCACAGCCCAGCGGCCGCCCUGAGGUGGAAUCAGACCCCAGAGCUUCCUGCCUUGGCCACUGGCUCAGGGCUUCCAAGGCUCUUCGUUCCUGUGUUUACAACCCAGAAAGUCAUCACGGGGCUGGGCCCUGGCCACCCACUCCCCUGUUCAACACUGGAAUUUUCUUUUUUGCUCAUGGAAUUUCUUGGUUUCCUUUGCCUCCCUCUCGGCCACAAGACAAUAGGAAACUAAAAACAUAGUUACUUAGCCCAAGACGGGCGUUGUAGCUAUGUAAGUGUUACCACCUUUAACCCUCAGAUAGCUCUGAGAGGUAGUUAUCUUGUCUUUAAGGAUGAGAAAACUAAGGCUCUGAGAGGUGAAGGGAUUUGCCCAGGGUCGUAUAGUUAGGAGGGGGCUCCCAAGGCCCACCAGUCUCCUGAAUCCACAGGCAUCUCAGUCUUGUCUGUUUCCUACCAUCACCCUCUGGCCAACUAAUUUCUGGUUGUAGCCUACACGGCUAUGGGAGAGUUUGCCUUCCCUGUCCCUCUGAUCCUGUUUUUAACCCUGAUGGCACCAGAGCCCAGAGGGUCUCACGGAGUGGUAGAAAGAGCUCUGGACGAGGCAUUGGGAGACCCAGGGCCAGGUCCCCCUGCUCGAUUGCCACUUUGCUGUGUGACCCUGGACAGGUUUCCAAACUCUCUGGCUCUCAGUAUCGCUGGCCAAACGAGAGGGUGCAUUAGAGUCAAAGCUUGUAGGUCUGGGGAGGCUUGUCUGCUUCCUAAGACAUGACCUCCUGACCACGCAGGGGUCAGAGAAUGUUCUUUGCCCCACUCAGCUCCUAAUGGGGGGUGGCUCUGUGUAAAUUUGGGCCACUGGAUGUCUCAGGGGUCACCUGAGUUGGAAUUAGAAACAGGGACAGCAGCAAGAGAUUGAGAGAGCUACUGUGUGCCAUGUACCUGCUGGUCUCUCCAGGCUGCGCCCCCUUCCCUGGGGGGGGGGGGGUGCUCCUGUUCAGGUCCCUCGUGUUCUGAGCAAGGUGAGUGGGGUACAUGUGUGAUAGCAAGGAGGGAGCCCCAACUGUGUCCCAGGGACUAGGGAGACUUUACAUAUUCUGGACAGAGCCACUGAGAAGUGCAAAGGCCCUGAGGCAGGAAUUACCUGGUGUAUGUACAGAGCAGAUAAAGAGCUAGUGUGGCUGGAGCAAAGUGAGCAAGUGGAGAGAGUAGAAUAUGAAGUAGCCAGGACCAAGCUGGGGUAGAUCCUGUACACUGUUGUGUAUUCAUGGGCCUCAUUCUUGGUCCUGAGCUCCCAGAAGUCAGAAACCAGGUCUGCCUCCUUCCUUGCUGAGUGGUUCCCUGCUCAGAGGAGUUGAAAAUGCCAACAGUGAGCACAGACCAUCAACAAGCAAGCAAAAACUAGAACGUACAUGAAUUAGUGAAAAAGACUCUGAAGAAAGAAAAACAGAGCAGGAAACAGAGAAGGUGUGUGAUAUUUGUGAGGUUUAAACAAGGUUGUUUACCAGAAAGGUACUUAAUGCCACACCUGAUGUACUUUAAUAUGGGUCUGUAGUUCUUCAUGCUACAUUUAUUCAUUUCACAUUUAUUCCCCAUCUAAUGCUAAAAAGGUUGUGAGGCCACCCUCAGCACCUGGCAUGUAAUAAGCACUCCAUGAAUGUUAAUUUUCUUGUCCCCUCCCUUGAGCUCAGAGCAGCCUCCCUCGCCUCCUGCUGACAUUGUGAAGGGCAGCUUGUUAAGCCGUUUGUCAGCUCAGCCCAUGGUGAGGCAAUGGGCCCCUGACAGGUGAGUUGUGACUGGAGCAGGUCGUGUGCCACCUGCUGUGUGAAGAGCCACUCAGGUGAGCUUGGACAGCUUGUUCCAUUACCCAGGACAGGGCUCCCUCCUUUCCGAAGAGCACAAUAUGUUCCCGCCGCUCUGCCUUCUACCCUGUUCCAGGGUUUUCCCUUCCUGACCCCUGAGGGCAUCCUGGACACUCUGGUCCCAGCACCUCCCUGGAGAGGAAGAAAGAUGAGGGGUGAGUGGGGUAAUCAGACUACGAGGGCCAUUCAUGGUGUGUUUGCCAUUUGUCUGGCCCGUGCUGAGCUCUUCCCCAUUUGCAGUGUGAGUGGCCGGAAGGAGGGAGGGAGGCGGGAAUGAGAAGAGAAACCCGUCGGUAGCCCAGGGGCCAGAAGCUCCAUCUGUGAUGAUGCAGUGGCCCUGACGCCCCCUCUCCCCCUGCUGCCGUGUGACCACGGUGCAGGAGUUGCCCGAAAGGAGUCUGUAUGGGUGAGGACUGAGGACUUCAGCGAAGAAUCCAGAGUUACGAUUUAUACUGGGCAACCACAUGCCCAGCCAGCCAGCCAGCCACCUAGGUUCGCACUUUACGGUGAUCGUCUCAUGUCGUCAACACAGAACCCCUUGAGGUGGGUUCUGCGGGUAGUCUUAGCCCCACUUUACGGCUGGGAAAACUGAGGCACCAGGAGGCGAAAGCCACAAUGAGCGUGAAUGAGCUCUAUGUCGAUGACCCGGACAAGGACAGCGGGGGCAAAAUUGACGUCAGCCUGAACAUCAGUUUACCCAAUUUGCACUGCGAAUUGGUCGGACUUGACAUACAGGAUGAGAUGGGCAGGCACGAGGUGGGGCACAUUGACAACUCGAUGAAGAUCCCACUGAACAACGGGGCCGGCUGCCGCUUUGAGGGGCAGUUCAGCAUCAACAAGGUCCCAGGCAACUUCCACGUGUCUACACACAGUGCCACAGCCCAGCCACAGAACCCGGACAUGACCCAUGUCAUCCACAAGCUCUCCUUUGGGGACACACUGCAGGUCCAGAAUGUCCAUGGAGCUUUCAACGCUCUCGGGGGAGCAGACAGACUCACCUCCAACCCUCUCGCCUCCCACGACUACAUCUUGAAGAUCGUGCCCACGGUUUACGAGGACAAGAGUGGCAAGCAGCGGUACUCUUACCAGUACACGGUGGCCAACAAGGAGUACGUAGCCUACAGCCACACAGGCCGCAUCAUUCCCGCCAUCUGGUUCCGCUAUGACCUUAGCCCCAUCACGGUCAAAUACACAGAGAGACGGCAACCUCUGUACAGGUUCAUCACCACGGGUCUCACGGUCUGGAAAGGAACUGGACAUCCUGAGCCCGAACAGAGGAGGGUCCUUCCUCCUGGAAGUCCCCAUCAGGCUGCCUGGGGCUUCUCUCUCUGGGCACCCAGGGCACCUUGCUCAGACUUCCACUUUGUGCCAUUCCAGAAAAUGUCACCACUAAUGGAAUAAACAGAUGUUUUGUAACAACA